AUGAAAGAGUUUUAUGUACAAUUGAUCAGCACUUCGAGUACCACGGAAUUCCCCUCCAAUAGAGCCAACAGUUUCAAGAACCGUUUGCCUUACCAGAUCCAACUGAAACAAGAAGGAUGGAAAGUGGGUUUGAGUAGCAUUUCUUACCCGGUGCCACCCUUGCGACGUUAUCAACCGUCGACUCACCGACCUUACCUCUUCGAAGAUGAUGACACCCUUUUGGAAUUUGAUUGGAGCAUCGAAACCUUCCAACGUAGUUCCAAUGGUAUCUGGUUUCCGGCGGUCUACCGCAAUGGUUUUUACAUCAAGGGUGCCGACCUGCACAAGGACCAGGUCAAAGUCACGAGUGGUAAAUCGCUCAUGCGAUACUUGGUCAAUCGUUUCCAAGAUCGUCUGACUCAGUACAUGGAACGUGCCAAUGAAAGUCUACGAGCUCCGGACGGUAAAAAAUACUACCGUGUGUUUCGUUGGGAAGGUGAUUCUUUGAUUAUCGACAACACGGAUACGUUCCUCGAUCAAAAAGGUAAUAGAAUGCGUCCCAAAGCUUGUAACAUGGCAACGAAGGCUCUUCUAGGGAAGAGUCUGUGGAGAACGUUUCUAUUUGCCGCCUACAGCAUGUUAGGUUCUUGGCUUUUUUGCUACGUUGAAAGGACCCCAAUUACCUACAAAGAGAUGUCAGCUAAUAUGCUUGAUGAACUGCGACAAAAGUACAACAUCACGAUGAACCAUUCUGAUUUUAUCGCAUUUGCUAAUGACCCUUACAAGGCUAUUAAAGUCGGAAGAAAAGUGGAAUGGACCUUUCUAAAUACGACCUCCUACGUGUUUACGAUAUUGACAACAAUAGGAUAUGGUCACAUGACGCCGGACACAUGGCUUGGUCAACUCUUAACCGUCUUUUAUGACCUCGCUGGCCUACCAAUAUCUAUGUUGGCUCUGAAAACACUUGGCGAAGUCAUAGUCAGUGGUGCACAGUCAUUCGUUGUGCGGAUAGAAAAGCGGUUAUUGAAGGUCAGGGAUGUUCGUAGAAUCAGACAGAAGACGUUUUUGGCGACUUGUGCGCUAAUGAUACUUUUCUUGUUACUCGGAAGCGUUAUUAACUUAGUCGCCGAAGGUUGGAGCUUCGUGGAAGGUUUAUACACCUGGUUUGUUGUCCUGUCCACCAUUGGAUUUGAGGAUUACAUCCCAUUUCAGUCUCUGGAUCAAUGAGAAAUCCAAGAGAGGAGGAGAUCAAGAAGUUCUAUGGGUGUUUAUAGCUCUAUUAGUGUUUUACACCCUGGUUGGCCUUUGCGUAGUUUCAGCCGUGUUGACGUCUCUUGUCCAGGCAGCAGAGGAAUAUAAAUCCAGAACAAAAGCCGGUGGCAAGUUAGCUCAGUUUUUCAAAAGGCAGACGGCUAGAGUGACUAGAUCAUCUGGUUACGUAAUAAACCAUGAAUUGGCUCUUGAGGAAAAUGGACAAUGUAAUGCGUUCUCUUCGCCACAAAAUUUCCGUCGAGUGAGAUCAAAGAGUCUUUAAUAGCAAGGUCGAUUGAAAGGAGUAACGGAAGUAAAUAAGCUUUUCUGAUCGUCUAUAACCGGCCUUGGAGGGAUGGGGGAAUAAAAUCGCUCUACUCCACUCUUCAAGUAGCGAGGCAAAAACAUGCCGUGAGAAAUAUAUCUUCGUUCAGUGUUCGUUCAGCGAAACUGUCAAAGAAGUUUUAAAAAGAAUACGGCGAAGGAGGCAUCUUGUAACGAUUUUUGCUGCGUUUGUAGGUAUAAAUCUAAAAGUUAUUGUGAAAGUUUCAAAUGCAGAGUUUCAGCCGAGAAUUUACAU